AUGAAUCUGGAGUCCCUGUUUCAGCACAUCAUCCUAACGGAGCAGCAGGCGGAGGAGAGCCGCAGAGUGAUGCGGCAAGUGAGGGCAGAAGUAACCAGAUACCGUGGAAAAAUUAAGAAAGCAACAGAGGAUCUGGAUGAAGAGAAAAUCAAGUUGGAAUCCAAGGUUCAGCAAUUUUCUGAAAAAUAUUUCCUCUCGGAGCUUUUGAAAACCCGUGAAAAUGCAUUACAGAGACAGUGCAGUGAGAUGAUGAACCAAAGGGAUACCCUGCUCCAGGCCCUCGAGGCUACAAAGAAAAAAGCCACAGAGGAAGAGGAAAAUUUUAUUAAGGAAAUUACAGACUUUAAUGAUAAUUAUGGAAUAACCAAGAAAAGAGAUAUUUUGAUGAAAGAAGAUAUCAAGAUGGAAAUUGCUGACUUAGAAAACCAGGCAAAUGUUUUGAGAGGAGAAAUGAAGUCAGUGGAAUAUAACAGUGGCCAGUUACUGGAACUUCAAACACUGAAAAGUCAACUGCUACAAGAAUUAUUGACUCUCCAGAAAAAGCUUAAAGUUCUUAAAGAUGAAGAGACUGAAGCCAUUUGUACCACGAAAUACCUACAAGAAGAAAAAGUAAAAAUCAAAGAAAAGCCUCAACAUGAUGAUGAAUGCUUGCGACUUAAAAAGGAACUAGACCUUUAUAAAGAAGAGGAUAUGGAAAGCAUCUGCAAAGCACUCCAAACGGAAAUAGAACUUCUGGAGACGACAUUGGCACAGAAGGAUCUGCAGGACAAGUAA